CUACCGAACAGUACAGUACGGCUUGAGGGGCCGCACAGUCUGGAGGGGCGUAUAGAAAGGAGGCCAUAUUGUACAGUUAAACCAAAAAGAAAGGAAAAUAUAGAAUCGUCGCUGUCGAAUCCGACGUCGUUCCACAAGCGACGAUUCCUGGCUCUGCAGCCCGCAGCUGUCUCCCUGCGACGCUCUCUAUCCAUCUUUGUCUCGCGCGCGCAGCAGUUUUUUUUGUACAUAAAUACAUACGGAAGGAGAGAGAAAGAGAGCUCUUUAGUGCUACUUUCUUGGGGGAGAGACUGAAAGCGAGAUCGGUUGUGCACCGUCCCAAGAGGAAGAGGAGUGUCGGUGCAAAAGCCGCCUGUGUAGAGUGACGACUUAUCGAGAUGGGCACUCGAGACGACGAGUACGACUAUCUGUUCAAAGUGGUUCUUAUUGGAGAUUCUGGAGUAGGCAAGAGUAAUCUUCUCUCAAGAUUUACGAGAAAUGAAUUCAAUCUUGAAUCCAAGUCCACCAUUGGAGUUGAAUUUGCUACAAGAAGUAUACAAGUAGAUGGGAAAACAAUCAAAGCUCAAAUUUGGGAUACUGCUGGUCAAGAACGUUAUCGUGCUAUCACAUCUGCGUAUUAUCGUGGUGCUGUAGGUGCAUUGUUGGUUUAUGACAUUGCAAAACACUUGACCUAUGAAAACGUAGAAAGAUGGUUGAGAGAAUUACGCGAUCAUGCCGAUCAGAACAUUGUUAUUAUGCUGGUUGGCAAUAAAUCUGAUUUAAGGCAUUUGAGAGCUGUACCUACAGAUGAGGCUAGAACUUUUGCCGAGAAGAAUGGGCUUUCUUUUAUAGAGACUUCUGCUCUAGACUCAACCAAUGUUGAAACUGCAUUCCAAAACAUUUUAACAGAGAUCUACAGAAUCGUCUCGCAGAAACAAAUUAGGGAUCCUCCUGAAGGAGACACAAUUCGACCACAAAAUGUAGAAACAAUUGAUGUUAAGCCAACAAUGCCUCCCGAUGGAGUGCGUAAACAGUGCUGCCAACAGUGACGUGAUGUUUGUUUAACAAAUGAUUUACUUUACAAAUGCAGUGAGGAAAACACAGAGAGAGGGACAAGAAGUGUGGCGGCCGCUGGUAGAUGUAGAGGCUAUAUACGAGAGCCAAGACUACGUGUACGGGCCUAUAUUCUCGUAUGCUAGAAGGAUUUGUCAGCCCCAUCAAAACGACAAGAUUUUCCGGUUUAUUCAAAGAGAUAGUUAUGGGUGUACACGCGUGUAAUACGCAACUUUCUGUUCCUUUUCUUCGUCUUAUAAAGUCAUUUCGAUUACGUGUGAAUGUUUCAGCAAACGCAAAUACCAUGGCUAUUACACUUGGUUCUAUUGAGAACGAAAAAUUCGCCUUAUUUACUCAGACAUUUAUAAUUUUUCCGCCACUUUUUUUACUCUUUCUCUGCUUUUAUUUUUUCAUUUGCUCAUGUACAUAUACGUAAUUAAAGCACGAGAAUUCACCUUUCGAUGCGUAUAUGAAGCUUACAUCUGCGACACAUGUGAAUCACACGCGUUACGCACUAUGAAUAAGAUAAAAAUUGAAAAAUUGAACAAAAAAAACUACUAAUGCGAGGGCAGACAGAUAUACAUAUAUUAUGUUAUUGAUAAUUAAAUGUUGUAUUACCGCUUCUUUGUAAUACAUAUAUUAAUUUUUUUCUGCGCAUAAUGUGAUCAUAUAAACAAUUUGUAACAUGUAAUAUAUUUAUAACGGAAGAAAAUACAUAUGGCCACAGACCGUCAAUUCGAGCACGUCAAGUUCUAUGUUGAUAAAUAAAUGAAGAGAAGGAACAAGUUUGAGUAAUAGAAAUAGAGAAAAAAACAAAUUUAAAGAAAUAGCAGCUGCCGAAUUGAUGUAAUUUUCAAAUCUUUACCUAAAAGUUGUUUACCGUCUUGUUCACACAUAAUUGUUACAAUAUAAUAGGGCAACAAAAAUCCAUUAUCUGUAAAUCAUGAAAGUAAAUUUUGAAUUUCUUUGUGGUACAUUAUGUAUUGCUGGCAUAUGCAUACAAUAUUACGAUGUAACAAGGAAAAAACUGAUGUAAUAAUAGAUUGUCAACAGGGCUUUGCUCAAUUUUUUACUCGCUCGGGCUUGAUAAACCACGUUAUUCAAUUUUAGCAAGAAAUUUUUAAUAUUUUUUUUUACUCGAUAUACGUUGAACGUUAGCUCUUGGAGAUGAAAUUUAUUGUAUGAAAGAACGCCAAUUGAUGCAACUUUUCCGGCAAAUACACACGCUGAUGCGAUUAAUUCGAUUUAUAAGAUAGUUUGAGAGGAGCAACUAAAUUCUCAAUAUUUAAUAAAAUAAAAAUCAAAUCAUCUGAAUUAGCUAGCUGCACACAUUAUUUUAAUGAAAAUAAGGUCAUCCACCCUAAAUUUUCACGUGUUUCGUAAAAAGCAUUUUUUUAGCACGAAUGAUUUUGCUUGUGCAACUUUGGGACAAUGUGAAGACUUCGAUAAAAGAGUGGACAAAUCAAAGAAUGCAAAGAGUAAGGAAUCCUAGAUUGUAGUUCUUAUAAUUGCCUUGGAAGUGCGAUUGACGAGAAACGUGGAAUGGAGGAAACGACAACGUUUACAAGUGGACUAUAGUAUGAAUGUUGAUUGGAGCAAGUAUACUUAAUAUCAAAAGAAAAUUAUCAUUUUUACUCGUGUAACCAUGACGAGCAAUAAUGUUAUUGCCCCGGUGUGGCAUCUUACUCGCGCAAUCCGCUCAUUUCCUUUAAACAUUUAGAUAUACAAUAAAAUUGGUUAAUGGCAUAUGAAAAUAAUUCAGACAUCAUAGUUAAAUAAUAAGCUUAUUAGAAGCUUGUAUGCAUCUUCACGAAUGAAACUCGAAUAAAAAUAAACCUAUACUACUUGUCGUAAUAUUUCAGAUGAAGAAAAUGCCACUAAAAUAGAAUUAAAUUUUCGUUAUGAAAAUUCGACGUUAUGUAUGAUUUCCUAACUUUUAAUGUUAAUAUUCUAUUAUUUAACUGUUCUUUUUUAAUUUUACUUUAGUAAUCUGAUAUUGAAUUGAAAUAAAAAAAUAAUAAACACCACAUGAUGACUAAUACCUUUCUUAAAUUAAUAACUAUUACUUUUCUGCUAUUUUCAUUUUUUCAAAAUGUUAGAAUCGCAAAAUAUACUAGAAAUACUAAUGCAAACCGU